GCUCAUUAAUAGGCGAGUGGUGUGCUGGGCUAAGAGAGGCAACGGAGUCACCGGUAUCUGUUGGGAUUCGCUGUGCGAGACCGCAGAUGCCUGGUCCAUCCUGAAGUGAAUGUCUUGAGGCAAUCACAUCCGCACCCGGCGAAACCCGAUUGUUUCGUUAGGCCCCUGUUCACCACAUCUACAUGGCGUCUCUCUUGGAAUGUGAUGUCCCUUUCGAGACGUGGCUGACCAUCCGCAGCGUUCGAUCUCGUAACACGAUGCCCUCCGGACUAUACGCAUCAUCCCUUCAUCUCCCACGCAUACUCUGCCUCCAUGGCGGUGGGACUAACGCGCGGAUCUUUCGCCAGCAAUGCAGAGUACUGAGGAAAUCGCUCGAUGACAAAUUCCGCUUUGUAUUUGCCGAUGCGCCGUUUAUUUGCUCACGACCCGGUCCAGACGUGACGUCGGUUUAUGCCAGCCAGGGACCAUUCCGAUCAUGGCUGCCGAUGUUCGAAGAUGAGCCCUACCGAGCACCCGAGGAAGUGGUCGAAGCUGUCGAUGCAGCGUUAAUUACAGCCAUGUGCGUCGAUGACUUGUGUGGUGCGACAGGAGAAUGGACAGCAAUUCUCGGUUUCAGCCAAGGAGCAAAGCUGGCCGCGAGCCUACUGUUCGCCCAGCAGAAAGUCGAAGGAAACGGAUCACUUGCGAAUGGUCUACCCGAAUUCCGCUUCGCAGUGCUGCUUGCCGGGCGAGGCCCGUUGGUCUGGCUGUAUCCUGACAUCACGAUGCCGAAAGGCUGUGUGGAUGCGGCUGCUCUUUCCACCUCUACCGACAUGCCUGACUGUACGAGGUGGUUUGAAUCUCUGGCUAUGACUCUCGACGUCACGCGUGGUGCGAUGCAAGCCCGAUCGGGAAUCGGUUUCGACCGAUCUACAAGUCAAGAAGCUAAAGGCUUGGAUAUCGCACUGGUUGGAGGCGGCAUUGUCGGCUUGAUCCUCGCUGCAGGUUUAAUCCGCCGUGGUGUGAAUGUCCAGGUCUACGAACAGAGUCGGGGAUUUCGAGAGAUCGGCGCCGGGAUCGCCUUCACAGCGAAUGCUAUCAAAUGCAUGGAAAUAAUCGAUCCCAAUAUCGUGCUGGCAUUGAGGUCUGGAGGCUCCGUCUCGACCUCCAACGACGUCGACGACCCCAAUGACUACUUACGAUGGAUCGACGGAUACAAUCAGCAUGACCCGUCGAACGAACUCGAACAAAGGCUCUUGUUCAAGCUCGAUGCCGGAUACAAGGGCUUUGAGGGGACCAGACGUGAUCAGUUCCUCGAGAACCUCGUGAAGAUCAUACCAGCCGGUAUCGUUCACUUCAACAAACGCCUAGAGACCAUGCAGAGUGUAGGGUCGGAAGGGCGAGUCGUCCUGUCUUUCACCGACGGAACAGUCACUCAAGCAGAUGCAGUCAUCGGGACGGAUGGUAUCAAGUCUCAAGUCCGGAAAAGCCUCUUCGGAAAAGAUGACCCGGCUUCAGACCCACAGUAUACACACAAAUGCGCCUACCGUGCUCUUGUCCCGAUGGGCGAGGCGGAAAAGGCCUUAGGCGUCUAUAAGGCACGGAACCAGCAUAUGCAUGUCGGACCUCUCGCCCAUCUCAUGCACUAUCCGGUUGCGAAUGGUGCCCUGAUCAACGUGACGUGCUUCAUCACGGACCCGAAAGAAUGGCCAAAGGACCUGCACACGACGCAACGCGGCUCGCGUAAGGACGUCGAAGAAGCCUUCAGCAAGUGGUGUGCGCCCGUCCGCAACAUCAUCAAGCAAUUCCCCGAAGAGCUCGAAAAAUGGGCAGUCUUCGACAUGUGGGAAUAUCCCGCACCGUUCUACAACAAAGGGAAGGUAUGCCUCGCCGGAGACGCAGCACAUGCUUCAAGUCCGCACCACGGAGCAGGCGCUUGCUCGGGUGUCGAAGAUGUCCUAUGUCUGGUUUCACUCAUAGAAGAGUGCCUUGCUCAUCAAUCUGACGUCGGUACGUCCAUACCAAAAGGACGAGCCAUCGAGCUCGCCUUCCAAACUUACGAUAGCAUCCGACGAUCUCGGAGUCAGUGGCUGGUGAACAGCAGUAGAAGGGUGUGCGAUCUGUACCAUCAGCCGGAGUGGGCUGAACCCAAGAAAUGGGUCAAGGCGAAGACGUGUUUCGAGGAGAUCAAAGACCGAUCGCACAAGAUCUGGCACUUUGAUCAUGCGGAUAUGGUUGUUCGCGCCAUAUCGGACUAUCGCAAACGAGCGGGUUACGAAUGAGGACACUGUGGGGACUUCCCGAUCAUGAAGUCAUGGAUUGCCCCGCAAGGACAAAUGUUGGAGUAAGGC